AUGGAGCAACAAUCAGUCGUGUCCGCAACUCGAAACCUGCAAGACUUGAUCAGGCGACGCAGCGCUAUCAACGAAAGGAUAGCGUCGGAAAUGCAACGAGCAGGCACCCAAAUAGAAAGUCUCAAAGAAGGGUUGGGGUCCGUUGAAGCACAGCACAGACAGGUGCUCAGCCUCGAUAACCAGAUUCGCCGGAAGGAGGAGCAGCGAGACCGUGAAGUGUCGGGGUGUAUCUCUCUUCUGGCCCUCACGAAUCGUGACCUGCAACGCAGUUUUGGGAUCUCGAUUUGCGAUGAUGGUUAUGAUUGGCUGGUACUCUCAGAUGGCGUUUUCCCAGCACCAGCACAUCUCAAACAUGAAAUCUGGGAACUCCUGGAUGAAUACGGCAUUUCGGACGAUGGUGAGGCCAGCCCGCUCGGUCAUAUCCUUCUACGAGUCGCCCACGAAGUGAACACCGUCCAGGGGUCCAAGACUGGCAUGAUCAAUUUAGCGCACAAGACGGACCUCCUGCAUACCUUUGCACAACACAACUUGACUCUGGCGGGCCGGGUGGACUACACUCUUUGGUACCGCGAGCCGGGACUCGCUCGCAUCCACUUGGUAGUGGUCGAGGCCGAUUCCGCCAAGGACGACGAGCAGGCAGAGACGCGGGCUAUGGCUUCCAUGCUCAUGGUUCAAGGAUCCCGUUGGCAGGCCUGCGACAUGCUGGCCGUGGUCUACGGUCUGGUCCACAAUGAAGACCACUAUAGCUUUACGUUUCUUCGCCUGGACGCGACGAGGAAGGUUCAACGCGUGACCGCAUGGUGGGAGUCCUUUCGGCCAACCCAGGACUCCAGGAUCACAUCAAUCCUGUGGAAUAUCUUCGGGGAAGCGCGCAUGUAUGAUGAUAGCGCGGUGGAUCCAGACUAUGAGGAUAGUUUCCGGGUCCCCAACUCUGAGGGAUCUUCUACUUGCACUGGGGGGGAUGAGGAAGACUUGACCUUAAUUGACUGCUGA